UUUUUUUUUUCCUUUUUCUUUUUCAAAAUAUGUCUAGUCCACUUCCUGUGAACGCAAAGCGGAACCAGACAGGUGCCGCUUCUUCUGUUUAUGUAAAUGAAAAUCUCCUUUCAAGUUCUUUUGAUCGUGCUGAUACAACAGCAAGAUUAAGUUCAAGUCCUUUACCUUCUCAUAAUAACUAUGGUACUUCUCCUUCCAAGAGUAUUCAUUCUAAUAUGAACUAUGGAACUCAAGACCAUUUCCCUAGUAGCCGUCCUCUCUCUACUUUUGGUGAUAAUCUUUCUGUAGAUUUGCCUGAUGAUGAAGUCGCAAAGGCUGUUAGACGUCAUUUAGUGUCUGCUUCUCCUUCUAACUCUCAUGGCUUCCUUAGAACACCCUCUCCUCACCGUAGUCGUGCUAGUAGUCGUCUCAGUCAUCGCGAUACAGAUGAAGAAGAUGAGAUUGCUAAUGUCCAUCAAUUGGCUGGUGGUGCUAUUACACACGAUAUCUAUAAAUGGUCUGAAGAUCAGGAUCGCAAGGCACGUAUGAAGCGUUCCAAGUCCAUGUUGGUUCCACGCCCAGAGACCUCAGAUCCAGCCCUGCAAAAUCUCAAGGACCCAGGAGGAUUCCGACGUCACUUUGUGUUUGAUCGUGCUGCCAAAAAGGGAAGAAAACCUCCUGGAUGGAUUACGCAUUCUUUUGUCGACUUUUUGACUUUGUAUGGUCAUUUUGGUGGUGAAGAUUUAAGUGAUGAUGAGGGUGAGAGUAGUGAAGAUGAAGAGGAUUUAGCAGGUGGAUCUGAUGAAAGAACUGCCUUGUUGAGACAAGCAAGAGCCAAUGCUACUGAAGGAACAGCCACCCCGACUAAGGCAGUCUUUUUGUUACUCAAGUCUUUUAUUGGCACAGGUGUCAUGUUUUUACCAAAAGCAUUUCAUAAUGGUGGUUUGUUGUUUUCUACGUUAUUUUUAUCAUUUAUCGCCGCCGUUUCCCUUUACUGUUUCUUGUUGCUUGUUCAAACACGCAACAAGGUUCCUGCUUCCUUUGGUGAUAUUGGUGGUGUCUUGUUUGGUAACUCAAUGCGUAUGUUGGUACUUGUGGCCAUUACCACUUCCCAGAUUGGUUUUGUAUGCGCUUAUAUGGUGUUUGUCGCACAAAACUUACAAGCAUUGAUCGAAGCUGUAUCCAAUUGCAAAACCAAUGUACCUCUUCAUUACUUGAUUUUGGUCCAGAUCGCCAUCUUUGUACCACUUGCUAUGAUUCGUAAAAUACAGAAACUUUCUGUUUUUGCUUUAAUUGCCGAUGCUUUUAUUUUGAUUGGUCUAGUUUACUUGUACUACUAUGACUUUUUGACAUUGGCUUUGGAAGGUGUUGGUAAAGUAGAAUGGAUAGUGAACCCUGCUUCUUUUCCUAUGUUUAUUGGUACUGCUGUCUUUACUUUUGAAGGUGUUGGUCUUAUCAUUCCUAUUACCGAAUCUAUGAAGGAGCCUAAAAAGUUCCCUAAAGUCUUGUCUUGGACUAUGCUUUUUAUAACCUUAUUGUUCAUUUCUAUUGGCCUCUUGUCUUAUCUUGCCUUUGGUGACGAAGUCCAGACAGUGAUUUUGUUGAACUUGCCUGUCUCACCUGUUGUAAAUACCAUUCAAGGUCUUUAUGCUAUGGCCAUUUGUCUGUCCAUUCCCUUACAGUUGUUCCCUGCUAUUCGUAUUGUUGAAACAGGUCUUUUCUCUCGUUCUGGUAAGCAUAAUCCCAUUGUAAAAUGGCAAAAGAACAUGUUCCGUCUUGCUGCUGUUAUUUUGAGUGCUGCUGUUGCUAUUGCUGGCUCAAGUGAUUUGGACAAGUUUGUCUCUUUAAUUGGAUCUGUCUUUUGUAUUCCCCUCUGUUUCUUGUUCCCUCCUCUUUUCCACUAUAAGGCUGUGGCCAACCAUUGGAGACACAAGGCAGUCGACAUUGCCAUCAUUAUGUUUGGUUUAAUUACCAUGGCUUACACAACCUAUAUCACAAUUGGUCUCUGGACACAAGAAAGUGAGCCACCAGCUCCUAUUUCUCGCUGCACACCUCAUGUUUAAUUAACG